AGGACAAAGCAAUACAAUACAACGUUUGAAGACGUCUUGAGCCCAAAAUGUCCGAGCCCAACUCAGAUUUUCUAACAAAAACCCGUUUGAUUCCCGCGAAAAAUUAUCAACUGCAUGGUCUCCCUCCACGGGAAGAUACGGACCCUGAUCACCUGCCACGUGCCUGAAUCACCAUCCACGUGUCCAUGAACAAAGCCACCUGGCUCUAACUUUUUUUUUUCGGGGAUUGAAACGCAUGAGCUUUAUUGUUUAUCUGAUCCGCAUACCAUCACAUACUUCUAUAUAGAUCCUCAACCUCCUCACUUCAUUGCAAUCCAUUCACUUUUCUUACAAUGUUGAACAAAUCUUCAAACCAACAACCAUUUCCGUUUACCUUCUUCAUCUUGCUUUUCAUUGGUCUGUCUUUGCCUGCUGCAAAGGCAAUAUUGAGCAAUGAGGAGCAAUUUGGCUCAGGUGCUUCUGCUGCUGCUGCAGGGUCUCUGGUGAAGAAAGAUCAACGGAGAGCAUUGGUUGUGACAGAGUAUGGAGAGAUCUCAUCCAUUGAUAUCAGUGAUGGGCACGGAGGGCCCUACCAUAUUCAGUUCAUCACCUUGGAACCCAACUCUCUCUUCCUUCCAGUACUUCUCCAUGCAGACAUGGUCUUCUAUGUUCAUACAGGCAGUGGGAGGUUGAGUUGGGGUGAUGAGGAUGACAUUAAAAGGGUGGCUAUAAAGAGAGGUGAUCUCUUUAGGCUCAGGCCAGGCUCUGUUUUCUUUGUACAGAGUGACUUACAGGCUGAGCGCCAGAAGCUUAGAAUCUAUGCAAUCUUUGCAACCAACACUGAUGAUGACUUAUAUGACCCAGCAAUAGGAGCAUACUCUAGUGUUAGGGACCUGGUCCGAGGCUUUGAUCCGAAAGUGCUUCGAUCAGCUUUUAAGGUCUCUGAUGAAGUGAUAGAAUCAUUAAUAAAUGGAACAGACCAAUCAGGCAUUGUACACGCAGUGCCAACAAAGAAAGAAACUUUCUGGGAUUUGGAGGCUCGGUUCUUGAAAACCUUCCUGACAGGCAAAGAUGGCAUUGCAUUCAACAAGAACAAGAAGAAAACAAAGACCUAUAAUAUUUUUGAUGAGGACCCAGAUUUCAAGAACUGCAAUGGUUGGAGCUUAACUGUGAACAGGAAAAACUCCCAGUUGUUGAAAGGAUCAAACAUUGGUCUUUUCAUGGUGAAUUUGACAAAGGGGUCAAUGAUGGGGCCUCAUUGGAACCCAAGGGCAACUGAGAUAGCAAUAGUGCUAAAUGGGCAAGGGAUGGUUAGGGCGGUUUGUUCUAGCACUGCAGCAAAGAAAUCAGAGUGCAAAAGCAUGAGGCUUAGGGUUCAUGAAGGAGAUGUAUUUGCCGUGCCGAGGUUCCAUCCAAUGGCUCAGAUGUCGUUUAACAAUGACUCCCUUGUGUUCAUGGGUUUCAGCACAACAACGAGGAGAAACUAUCCUCAGUUUCUGGCUGGAAAAUACUCUGUUCUGCAGAGUUUGGACAAACAGGUCUUGGCGGCGUCGUUUAAUGUUAGCAACACAACGGUUGAUCAACUU